CAAACGCAUGGAAGGCUCACCAGAACCACUCACUGCCGAAGCUGGGCACGGAGAACACGCCCCAGUGGAUGAAGAUGCCAAACUUGACUUCAUCAAACCAGGUCGGAAGUGGUCUGGAAUCCAGAGACUCCCAGGCUUGCUGAGCAAGGAAAGGAGGCUUGGAGGGAAGCUGAAACCAGGCCCUACAUCAGUGUCUCUUAGGGAACCCAGGAUGAGUGGGCAGUGUGAAAUUUGUAGUGCACACACUCACUGAUUUAACGACUCAACCUGGUGGUAUUUGCCCUCAUUUGCUAUAUGAAAAGAUGGGAUUUGAGCAUCCAGGCACCAUCUAGGGCCAGGACUUUGUUGCCCCGUUCCAAAUGCAAUUGGUUUGAGACAGACCUGCUGUUACAUCUAGUAUGAUCACUAGCACAGUUGGUGCAUAGAAAUUGAGCGGUACCUUCUGAAAAAUCCCAAGAACAAAGGAAAUUUAUCUCUCGUUAUUUAUAGGACAAUUAAGGAAAAUUAAACUGUAGGCCUGCCCACCUUGCUCCCUGGAACUGAGUUCUGUAGACCAGUGGUUUUCAAACUGUGGGUUGUGACCCAGUACUGGGUCGUGGUGGCUCUAGUCAGCGGGGCUGCCUGGCUAAGGCAGGCUAGUUCCUACCUCUUCUGAAACUGUGCUGUGCCCCAGAAGUGGCCAGCAUGGGGGGGGGAGGGGCCUUCACAUGCUGCUCCCACCCCGAGCACCAGCUCCGCACUCCCAUUGGCUGGGAAUCGGGAACAGUGGGCGAGAGCCGCACAGAGUCGCUUGCACACCUCUGCCUAGGAGCCGGACCUGCUGCUGGCCACUUCCAGGGCGCAGUGCGGUCUGUGGUGCCAGGACAGGCAGGAAGCCUGCCUUAGCACCCCCUCUGCGCCGCUGACCAGGAGCCACCCAGGGGAAUGAAGGACAGAGGCCAUAACAGGGACCCGAAGCAGUGCCGCGUGAAACUGAAGGAGCUGAGGCAAGCCUACCAGAAAACCAGAGAGGCGAAUGGCCGCUCCGGGUCAGAGCCCCAAACAUGCCGCUUCCAUGAUGAGCUGCAUGCCAUUUUAGGGGGUUCAGCCACCACUAUCCCAGCCGUGUUGUUUGACUCCUUCAAUGGAGAUGGAGGCAAUACGGAAGCAGGUUUUGGGGACAAAGAAGAUGAUGAGGAGGAGGAGGUUGUAGAUAGCUCAGAGCAAGCAAGUGGAGAAACUGGUUUUCCCGACAGCCACGAACUGUUUCUCACCCUGGACCGGGAGCCAGUACCCCCUGAACCCACCCAAGGCUGCCUCCUGGACCCAGCAGGCGGAGAAGGGACCUCCACUGCAUGUGUUUCAAUGAUCACAGGAUCUUCUCCUUCCCAGAGGCUAGUGAAGCUUAGAAAGAAAAAAAAACGCACUCGAGAUGAAAUGUUCUCCGAGCUCAUGCUGUCCUCCCACACUGACAGAGCACAGACGAAUGCGUGGAGGCAAAUAAUGUCAGAGUGCAGGAAAGCACAAAAUGACCGGGAGGAGAGGUGGCGGGCUGAAGAGAGUAAGUGGCGGGCUGAAGACAGGGCUGAAGCUCAAAUGUGGCAGCAGUGUGAUGAGAGGAGGCAGGAUUCAAUGCUGAGGCUGCUGGAGGACCAAACCAGUAUGCUCCAGUGUAUGGUUGAGCUGCAGCAAAGGCAGCUGGAGCACAGACUGCCACUACAGCCCCUGUAUAACCAACUGCCCUCCUCCCCAAGUUCCAUAGCCUCCAUACCCAGACGCCCAAGAACGCGGUGGGGGGGCCACCAGCCAACCAGCCACUCCGCAACAGAGGAUUGCCCAAAAAAAAGAAGGCUGGCAUUCAAUAAAUUUUAAAGUUGUAAACUUUUAAAGUGCUGUGUGGCAUUUUCCUUCCCUCCUCCACCACCCCUCCUGGGCUACCUUGGUAGUCAUCCCCCUAUUUGUGUGAUGAAUGAAUAAAGAAUGCAUGAAUGUAAA